AGAAGACCUAUUACAAUUCUUUCUAGAGAGACAGACAGAGAGAGUGUAUAAAAAUAAUUCCAUGCCAUCCCUAACGUCUUUGGUGACGCUGCUAUCACUGCUGUGGAGAGUCGUGUUUUGCUUGGCUGAAGCCGCUGCUGAUUUCUUUACUCGGAGGUUUUGAACGGGGUUUCAUCGGUUUUCUUUUUCAUCUUUUCUAAUUUCGGGGGUCUAUAAGUCUAUAUUUAUUUUUAUGUUCCAUUCAUUCAUGCAAUCAAUCUCAUCACUGAGCCGGCCUGAAGCAAAGAUUCAAUAAAGACGAAGCAUUUAGGCGAUUAGGUUUCAGGAAAUAAAUAAAAGCUAGCUACUACAACAAAUGAGAAAAGCGACAAGAGGGUUUGUUAAGAAGCCCAGGCCAAAGAGAUGGCCAAGAAGAUGGCAGGCAAGGAGAGCUCCCCAUCAUUUCACCACGACAAAUAAGUUGAAGAAAGCACAGUAUCAGUAUGCCCUCCUCCAUGUCCCCAGCGCUCCACUUAACACCACGUCCUACAUUAUCAAAGCCAAGGAAACAAACCACCACCCUGUCACCUCUUCUUCUCCCCUUCACAACGAUUCCGAUGGGUUCCAUUUAUCUUCUUUCAACGGCUAUGGCUCCAUGAAAGGACUUCUGGGGUUGUGCCAAUGGAGCGAAGAAACAGGCGAGUCAGUCUCAUCGAGCUGUCAGAGAGUGGAAGAGGAAGAGGAAGAGGAGGGAAUGAUGGAUGGUCUGGUGCAUUGGCAGCCACAGAAGAACUCUAGGAUCAUUUUACCAAAAUUACUAGCUCUAAGGAUCAGAAAACAAGGAGAUCAAAUUGCACAUCUGGAAGAAGAGAGCCUGAUGAUGAAGGAGAGGGUGAUGUGCCUGGAAAGAGAACUGGACGGACUUAAACACAGGGUCAAGAUACUUGAACUUACCAAUCAUGCAAUGAGCGUUGUCCGUGUUUGUUCUUGCGACGCCUCUUCUGCUUAAAGAGUUAAAGAGUUAGAUAUAUUCAUCCAUUCAUUAAAUUACCACUUCUACCUGAUAUUUGAUUUA